AUGACUGCUUCGCCCCAGGACAUUUGGAAGAAUUGGUCCAUCCAGAUCCUGGUGCUCUUCAGCCUCGGGUGCCAGAUCACCCUCUUCCUCUGUGCCGGGAUCCGCAGGCGUGGAGGCCACCCUUUUCGGCGGUCCCUGCUCUGGCUGGCGUAUCAGCUAGCUGACUUCAGCGCGACAUUCGCCCUCGGCCACCUCUCCCUCACGGACGCGCCGCGCGAGCACGUGAUCGUCGCGUUUUGGGCGCCCUUCCUUCUCCUGCACCUUGGAGGCCCGGACAACAUCACCGCAUACUCCCUCGAGGACAACACGCUCUGGAUGCGCCACUCGGUGGAGUCCAUCCUUCAGGUGUUGGGAGCCGUGUAUGUUCUCUACGAGCACAUCGCGGACAAGGAGGCCAAGCUCCGGCUUGCCACCAUCUUGAUGCUCGCCAUCGGUGUUAUCAAGUACUGGGAGAGGAUGUGCGCGCUUCGGGGGGGCAAUCUGGACAGCAUCCGAGGCUCCAUCAAGAAGCAACCAGCUGCCAUGCAUGGACAUUUCCACCCUCACGAUGAAGUGUUGAAGUGUGGCGAGUUGGAUGAGGAAUCCCUUGUGCGACGAGCUCACUCGCUCUUUCACAUAUGCAAGCGUGCCAUAGUUGACUAUACGGUGAUGGAAGAUGAUUCACACGGCCAAGACACCACUGAAAUAAUUCUCAAGGUCAAUUUAUGGCAAUUGAUGGAGAUUGAGCUCUCCCUCAUGUAUGACAUGUUGUACACCAAGGCACCUGUCAUCCACACCUGCUUCGGCUACUUGCAGCGUCUAAGCUCGCCAGUCGCCAUUCUCGCCUCACUGCUGCUGUUCAAGUUCAUUGACAUGGACGACCCCCGCCCAGUUGAUGUGGUCAUCACCUAUAUAUUGUAUGGUGGUGCCAUGUUCAUGGAGACGACAUCGCUGGUGAACGCACUGGGCUCCUCUUGGACAUUUGCCUUCCUGAGUACCACGAGAAGGCAAUGGCUUCGAUACACAGCUCUGUGCAAUAAAAGGUGGGACCGGCUUAGGCGUGUUGUUGCAUGCCUUCAUCAUCUUGUCAGGGUAGGAGGAGGUAGCCGAUACAGAUCAAGAAGCUGGACAUAUACCAUGACUCAGUACAACAUGCUGCACUUUUGCUCUGGCUCUGACAGUGCACUCACCAGGCCUCUGCUUGGCAGUUUGGCCAAAGUGGUGGGUCAAGAUGAGCUUUGGAACAAUGAGCAUUACUCAUGGGUUAUUGACAUGCCGGAGUAUGUCCAAAAGUGUAUCUCUGGACAUAUGCAGAAUAUGUACAAUUGUGAAGAUACCGGUGUCGGUGUGAACUCACUGGGAAUGCUCAAGAACAGGUGGGGUGAGGAACCUCUGGCUCGCAAGGAGUUGCUCAUAAAAGGCAGCAUAUUCAAAGACUCCCUCGGUGUUGAGUUCCAGGAAUGCAUCAUCAUCUGGCACAUUGGCACUGAUGUUUUCCUCGCCAAGAGCAAGGGAGCCAAAGAAGAGGAGGCACAGAGUGAUGUGGAGGCGAUCAAAAUGAUAUCCAACUACAUGAUGUACCUUCUCGUGAAACAACCAGACAUGCUGCCAGGCCUCCCCCAAAACAGGUUGUACCAACUGACCUGUCAAAGUCUCGAGAAACUCAAGACUCGUGGACAUACAAAAAUGAAAAUCGGUGCUAUGCUCAAGAAUCUGUUUAGCCUUAAGGAUGACCCCGAUUCUAUUUCCAGGGUCACGGACAGAGAGGACCUUGCAGAAAAACUAUAUGAUGAGUAUGACGGAAAAGGCUUCAUCUACGAUGCUCCUCGUCUCCCCUAUGUGGUUAAUCUUGUCAAGGAACUGCUAACAAUGGAGGAGAAUUGCACGGUUGACUUGGUACUGAAACUUGUCUUGGACGUGUGGAUGGAUAUUCUUGUCUACGCAGGCAACAAAUGCAGCAGGAAGUUCCAUGCCGAGAAACUCAACAGUGGCGGUGAGUUGACAACCAUCCUGUGGCUUAUGUCAGAGCACUUCUACCACGUUUAUGCGCAGGACCUGAUCAAAGACAGCAAAAAGGAAACUGAUGUAGCAGAAGACACCAGUCCCCAAGAAGAAGAAGAUGAUGAUAACGUGUAG